UUCAGGUCUUGAUUUGACCCCAUCCAUGGUUGCUGAAACCCCGGCAUCUGAGCUUCCAAGAUAUAGUGCUCCAAUAGUCAGAUGUACUAAAGCUAAUGCUGAUUUGCAGAAUUUCUCUUCUUCAAUUAUAGACCACAACAAAGAUGGCGGAAUUGAUGGAGUAAUUUGUUUGGAGUCUGAUAAUGAAUCUGAGAAUAGUGGUAAUUAUGGUGCCUGGAAGGAGGAGGAGAAACUUUGUUCCCCGGAGGCAAUUGUAAAGGAGACAGAAUUGAGCUCCAGACCUUUUGGGUCCACCCUUUCUCGUGGUUUUGACAAUUUUAUGCGAAUGCCAGAAGAUGUUUCUCAUCGAAAUUUGAGUGAAGCUGGUCCUUCUCUGGACCAUUGGGAUCCUGAUGAAGAAAUAGAUCCUUUGGAGCCAAAAAAUGAGGUCUCAAGACCAAAAGGAAAAGGUAAAGGCAAUAGAAGUAACAGAAGCAGUGGGGAUGAAGCAACAGGGAAAAAGAGAAUGUCAAAGGAAGAACAACUUCGCCUAAAGGAAGAAAAGAAAUAUCAGAAAGAGCAAGAGAAAUUGCAAAAGGCAGCCGAAAAGGCUGAAGCUGCCGAGAAGAAAAAGCUAGAAAAGGAAAAGCAGAAGUGGGAAAAGGGAAAGUUUGCACAUAAGUCUAUUGUAGCUCAAAUUGACACUAAAGUUGUGGAACUAGGCUCAAUUGGAGGCCAUUUGCUAACAAGGCUUGCGGAGAAAGGUCUUUCCUACCAAAUUAAAUCAAAUCCAAUUGAAAAAUCUAUUGUGUGGUCAAUGAAUGUCCCAGAGGAACUAUCUAAGAUCACAUCUGAUGUUAUCGAUGUUCCAUAUGUAUUAUUAAUAUUUGAGGCCGAAGAGUUUUGCAACCUUGUAAAUAGCAAAUCAUUGAUGAGUCAUGUUUCCCGUGUUCAACGCCUUUAUCCUCUUCAUACAGUUUGUUAUCUCACAAACAAGCUUUUGGCAUACAUCAACAAAAGGGAACAAGGUCAAUACAAGGACCCUGCCAAUCAGACUGGUUGGAAACGGCCACUUAUAGAGGAGGCUCUGUGCAAGUUAACAAUUAAUUUUGUUAAGGUGCAUUCUAGGCACUGUGUCGAUGAAGCUGAAUUAGCUGAACAUGUAGCUGGGCUGACUUGCAGCCUAGCUUCCUGUCAGUUUCGAGACAAGUUAACAAGACUAUCUGUUAAUGCGAAUGGUUCUCUUAUUCCCAAGGAUGCCGUUGACAAGAACCAGAUAAAAAAGAGCCCAUGGUUGAAAGCAUUGGUGGCUAUUCCAAAGGUUCAGCCACGAUUUGCCAUUGCCAUAUGGAAGAAAUAUCCCACAAUGAAAUCUCUUUUGAGUGUUUACAUGGAUCCGAGUAAAUCGGUGCAUGAGAAAGAAUUUCUGCUGAAAGAUUUGAGAGUGGAAGGGUUGUUGAGCGAUGAUAGAAGAUUGGGGGAGAUCUGUUCGAAGAGAAUAUACAGAAUAUUGAUGGCUCAAAGUGGAAGCAGCAAGACAGAUGACAUUGAGUGUGGAGCUGAUCUCUUCAGCCAACAUUCUGCUGAAUGAUCUAUAUAUAAUCUUUUUGGACAUUGGCGGUGUUUGACUAAUUUGCGCGCCCCUCAACUAAUUCAACGGACAACUUGUCCGGCCCACAAGCACAGGUAUCCAAGGCAAUCCUACCUACCAAGACUGGAGCAGACCAAGUCACACCAAUUUUUGUAGCUCAGUUUUGGACGUGUGAUCUCUAAGUUACUUCUAUGCCUGAUCCUUUUUCUUUUAAUUCUAAGAAAGACAAAUCCGUCAAUAAUACAGAUGAUAGGACAGGGCUAAGGCAGUAAUCUCGACGGAGAUUAGGAUGAGCUUUGCAUUAGGCAAUCGACUUGGGGCACAAUGAUGUAUAAUGUUUAUUACCCUCGUAAUAUCAUGCUAUGCUCCUAACUGAUCGAAAUCCUUCAUAGUUCAUAUCAAGGUUCUUUUGAUUUGUUUUUCU